AAUUUUAGAAGCGGCCGUAGCGACCUCAGGGCCUUUCUCUUCGGCUUGACCCCCUGAGGGGUCCGGAUCCCCGGCGGGCCGGAGAGGGAAAUUUACAUGUCGAGCGUGACUACUCGAAAGGGCGCAGCAUUUUCUCCUCCGCUUGGCCUGGGUGUCCCCCGGAUGGGUGCUAAGAAAUGGCGCUGACAGGUUUCAUCUCCAUCUGAGAGCUGGGUACUCUGGGCACUGGAAGCCGGGUCUCCUCCUAGGCUUCUGGCUUGAGUAAGCCUUCACUCCAUCCGCUCCAGGCCAGCAGCAGUGCAGGACGGCUCGACUUCUCUUAAUGAUGGGUAUCGGCAAGAACACCACUUCCAAAUCGAUGGAGGCCGGGAGCUCCACGGAAGGCAAAUACGAGGACGAAGGAAAGCACCCUGCCUUCUUCACUCUUCCGGUGGUGAUCAAUGGAGGGGCCACGUCCAGCGGGGAGCAGGACAACGAAGACACAGAGCUCAUGGCCAUCUACACUACGGAAAAUGGCAUUGCGGAGAAGAGCUCUCUCGCAGAGACCCUGGACAGCACUGGCAGUCUGGACCCCCAGCGGUCAGACAUGAUCUACACCAUAGAAGAUGUUCCUCCCUGGUACCUGUGCAUAUUUCUGGGGCUGCAGCACUAUCUGACCUGCUUCAGCGGCACCAUCGCAGUGCCCUUUCUGCUGGCGGACGCCAUGUGUGUGGGGUAUGACCAGUGGGCCACCAGCCAGCUCAUCGGGACCAUCUUCUUCUGCGUGGGAAUCACCACUUUGCUGCAGACCACGUUUGGAUGCAGGUUACCCCUGUUUCAGGCCAGUGCUUUUGCAUUUUUGGCCCCUGCUCGAGCCAUCCUGUCUUUAGAUAAAUGGAAAUGUAACACCACAGAUGUUUCAGUUGCCAAUGGGACAGCAGAGCUCUUGCACACAGAACACAUCUGGUACCCGCGGAUCCGAGAGAUCCAGGGUGCCAUCAUCAUGUCCUCAUUGAUAGAAGUGGUCAUCGGGCUCCUUGGCCUGCCUGGGGCUCUGCUGCGAUACAUAGGGCCUCUGACCAUCACGCCCACCGUGGCCCUCAUUGGCCUUUCUGGUUUCCAGGCAGCUGGAGAGAGGGCAGGGAAGCACUGGGGCAUCGCCAUGCUGACAAUUUUCCUAGUAUUACUGUUUUCUCAAUAUGCCAGAAAUGUUAAAUUUCCUCUCCCGAUUUACAAAUCCAAGAAAGGAUGGACUGCGUAUAAGUUACAGCUUUUCAAAAUGUUCCCUAUAAUUCUGGCCAUCCUCGUGUCCUGGCUGCUCUGCUUCAUCUUCACGGUGACUGAUGUCUUCCCUCCUGACAGCACCAAGUAUGGUUUCUACGCUCGCACGGAUGCCAGGCAGGGCGUGCUGCUGGUUGCCCCUUGGUUUAAGGUUCCGUACCCAUUUCAGUGGGGGCUGCCCACCGUCUCUGCAGCAGGCGUCAUCGGCAUGCUCAGCGCGGUCGUGGCCAGCAUCAUUGAAUCCAUCGGUGACUACUAUGCCUGCGCCAGGCUCUCCUGUGCCCCGCCACCUCCCAUUCAUGCAAUAAACAGGGGGAUUUUCGUGGAGGGUCUCUCCUGUGUUCUCGAUGGCAUAUUUGGUACUGGGAACGGCUCUACUUCAUCCAGUCCCAACAUUGGCGUUUUGGGAAUUACAAAGGUGGGCAGCCGCCGGGUGAUCCAGUACGGCGCGGCGCUCAUGCUUGGCCUGGGCAUGAUCGGCAAGUUCAGCGCCCUCUUUGCGUCCCUGCCGGACCCGGUGCUUGGAGCCCUCUUCUGCACGCUCUUCGGAAUGAUCACCGCCGUUGGCCUGUCCAACCUGCAGUUCAUUGACUUGAAUUCCUCCCGGAACCUUUUUGUGCUUGGAUUUUCUAUCUUCUUCGGGCUCGUCCUUCCAAGUUACCUCAGACAGAACCCUCUGGUCACAGGCAUAACAGGAAUCGAUCAAGUCUUAAACGUUCUUCUCACAACUGCUAUGUUUGUAGGAGGCUGUGUGGCUUUUAUUUUGGACAACACCAUCCCAGGUACCCCAGAAGAAAGAGGAAUCAGGAAAUGGAAGAAGGGCGUGAGCAAAGGGAACAAGUCACUCGAUGGCAUGGAAUCCUACAACUUGCCAUUCGGCAUGAACAUUAUUAAAAAAUACAGAUGCUUCAGCUACCUGCCUAUCAGCCCAACCUUUGCAGGCUACACAUGGAAGGGCUUCGGAAAGAGUGAAAACAGCCGGAGUUCAGACGAAGACUCGCAGGCCACAGUAUAGCCUUAGCUGUGCCCUGUGGCCUGGCCGCAGUGAGCCAUGUACCUGUCGUUCCUUGCCGAGUAACAAGAAGUCAAAUAUAUGUUUGUAUAUCUGCAUCUACAUCCUGCACCCCAGAGCGAAGACCGGUUGUUGCACAUUGCUUUUCUGUUGUGGGUGGUAAUUGUGUCUAAUACGGUGUCUCACCUGCCUCCUUAUUUAAGCCCUUGACCUCUUGCCCUUUGACAGUGUCCAUUGCUGGCCAUGGUCACUGAACUUGAAAUUCCAGCCCUCCCGUGGGAGGGGGUAUCCGGAAUCAUCCGCAGUUCCCUUUUGUUCAGUCCCUUCCCGCCGCCCAGUGCUAGCUCUCCUACACGCUGCCUCCAGGGUCCAGGGGCUUUCUGUCUCAGAAGCACCCGGGCCCACUUGCUCUUUGCUUGACCUCAGCCUGCACCUGGGCCAGGGCCACCAUACCAUCACAUUGUCACAACUGCCUAUCAAGUGAUUCUGUUGUCCCUGGUCCUCUCUGGGAGGCUGUUGACCAGCCCGAGAACAGUGGCCUGCAGCCCUGGGCCCCGAUAGGGCACCUGAAGGUCUCUACAGGUGUGAAGUGGAACCCUGUUUAGGGAUUGAAAGGGAAGGGCAAGGACCCCAAAGACAGUAGGGUUUUUGACUGUUCUUUCCCCAGCCGCCCUGGCCCCCGCCAAACCAGUGCAUUUCGCACUGACCCCUUUAAUGGCGAGACACCUUAUUGGGCAUUUGUCACUCCUGGCCAGUGUGGUGGGUACAGAGCGCCACUCAAGGCACUGGCCAGGUGAGCUCCUGAGUCCUAGCUCUGCUGUCAUGUGGAUGUGACUGUUGCGCGCGUCUAUAUUACAAGAUUUUAUUCCUAUUUAAUGUUAUUGACUAUAGCAGAUUUUCCAAGUCAGUGUUUUUCCAUGUGACCUUCUUCCCUUGCGUCCCUACUACUUCUCAUCCUCCCCCAACCUCCACCCCCAUGAUGAAAAGUACCAGCGUUUGUAAAGCUGUGGAUACCAUCAGGGAAGCUUGCUGUAACAGCUGUCGAAGGCCAGUAACCAUUGUUGUGGUUGUGUUUUGUAUUGCCUGAUACCAUGAAAGUGUAAAUACUGUAACCCUUAUCUAUUUAUCAAAACUGACUACUGGACCAGAGCCCAGAAAGCCUGGGUCAGGUGACGCAUGAGUUUGCUAUGUGAAGAAGGGAAGCUGGGGUAGGUCACCAUACAGCCCUGGAUCGCACGGUCCUCCCUCCUGACCACGUCAUUUCGCCCGCUUUUCUGCUGCUGGGCAUUUCCAGCGCCCUGGCUUAGGGAGACUUGCUGGGCAUUGUCACGUUGCGUGUCCUCUGCACCUUGGUUUGACAAGGGAAGUUGAGUCCCUUAGCCCUGCGCUGCCUCGUUUGAGUGAGUUUUUACAGAAGAUGAGGAGAAAGCAGCUAGCAGCCUCCCUCUAUGAGGAGCUCUAAUUUAUGACACUAAGUUAUUUUUGACAAAGUGGCUUCUAUUGAAUUUGAAAUUUUUCAGCCAGUGGAAAAGCCUGAGACAUGAAGCAGUGACCGUUGACCUGCCUGAGCUUGGGACAGCCCUGGGCGCCCUGUUCUUAGCAGGGCUGGUUCUUGCAGCCUCAUGUCCGCGCAGUGCAUCUCUGCACCCCAUGCCUGUGCUGCCUCGGCUUUGUCACAUUGCCAGGUCUGUGGCUGUGCCAUUGCGGCUUCCUUGACUCCUAGGAGUUUUGGGCUUCAAGAGCACUUCAGAGCCACUGCAUUAUUUUGCCAAAAUCUUACCACAGACCACGUAAAGAUGUUAGAUUCCAAAUUGCAUUUAAUUUUUUUCUUUCCGAGAUGUGUACAGUGGGUAGUGACCUUAGGAGCACACUGGUCCCUGGUGCCCAGCCUGUUACUGACCGCUGUCCUGCCCUGCGCUGCUCUCUGUUCCUUCACUUUAUAGUUUGCGUAGCAUCUCCAAUCACUCUGUUUGAAAAAUGGAGAAAACUGUUAAAUGUCCCAGAGAUUUGAAGAAUUCUAGCUCUCAGGUGAGCAAGCAUACAAAUAAAAGCAUCAGGCCCAAGUUCCCUAGCUGAACUUGACAGGCCACCUUCCCUCCCAGCAAGGCCCCCAGAGUGCAGCCUCGGGUAUCUGCAAGCCCUCUCCCAGGAGCCCCUCUCCCUGGGGGCCUCUCUCCCUGGGGGCCCUUCUGCAGACCAAUUUUAGCAUGAGGCCUCAACUCCAGUAGACAAGGGAUUUCCAGCAAGUGUUCCUCCAGGAGAGCCCUGCACCCACACGCCGGUGGAGACAGAUUUCCCCGCUUCUUGUUCCACUAGGGCAAACUUUUGAUAUUCUGUCUGGAGAGGGGGAAGGAGCAGCCUGACAAGAUGCUCCCAGUGAGUCUGGUAGUUUUUGCAUAGCUUUGAGUUACUGGAGUCCCCUAGUCACUAGCAAAUCACACACAAGCCAUUUUAGGAAGUAGUCCUGCCAGCACAUGUGCUGCGGAAUGGAAGUCUGUAACUGGGAGCAAAAGAAUGUGUGUUUCUGUGUUGGAGUUGCAGCACACACCCAAACAGAGAGGUUUGGUGGGCAGGUGGCCCACACUUUUCAGGCCUGGUGCUGGCCUGUGAGCUGUUUUCCCAGUAGGAUACCAUAACAUUCUGGACAGGGCAUUCUGCGUCUGACUUAGUGCCCACCACCUUCACCUGCCUGGUCCUGGGAGGAAAGCGUUCGUGUUGGCCCCGGAGAGUAGAAAGCCUGCAGGAGAGGCUGCCAGCCUCGCACCAGGGGACCCACUGCAGGCUCAGAGAAUAAUGGGAUACAUUUGUUUUCGAAAUCUGUCAGGGUUUCUAGUGUGAGCUGAUCCAGGCAAGAGGAGUGGCUUUCCCGGGCCAGCUAGAACAAAGCAUCCUGGGCCCUAACAGUUUCCCAUUUUCAUGCUAACAAAUUCACACAGGAUUUGCUUUAUACUGUAACAUACUGACUUUCAUGAUGACAACUUGAUUUAUGCAUGAAUAUUGCAGUAUUUUCCAUAUAGUAAAAUAACAUUUCUGCCCAGGAUAAGUCACAGUUUUCCAGGGAGGGAAUGGUAUAAUUUUCAUGACAAUGUCAUGUGCUGAUAGAAUUUCUCCAUUGAUGAAUCUCUAGUAUGUGUGUAUACUUUAUUUACCCAUACACAUAUUCUGUGACUAUAAGCUAAGCUGUUACGUCUUUCAUUCCUGUCCCUGCUGAAAUGUUGAUUCUAGCAACUUGGAUACAAAGCUGAUAGUCUAAUCUUCAGUGAUAUCUGUGCCACAGGAGUGGCCCAACCCGGCCACAUAGAAGGGAAGGAGCUGGUGAGAGGAGAGGCGAGUCCUAAGGUGGAUCUGCUUGGGCCGUGGGCCCAACUGCUGCCAGAUGCCAGCCUGGCCCAUCACACACCGGGUUAGCAUGCAGCUCCCGCACCUGAGCAUUCAUGGAGCCCCAGUCCCAGGAGAACUGGCCGUGGCUGGGGGUUCAUGUGCUGUGCAUUGAUCUCUGUCCCUCAUGAUUCGGAUGCAGAGAAUAGGACAUCUCCCACCCUUCGCUCCUCCUGCAGCCAGGACCUGAAGGCUACGAAAAGGCCGCCCGCCACCUGCAUUUGCCAGCGAUCAGAUCAGCUUCCGCCUCAAGUCCCGAAAGCUCCUUGGUGCUGGGGAUCCCUUCUCAGCAGCCUCAUGAACAUUCCCGUCCCACAGGUUUUUGACUGUGCCUCCCCAUCGCUCCGACAUCCAGCGUCCGUAGAGUUGCUGUGUGUCCCUGGCACUGUCCCCACAAACGCCCUUUCUGUUGGUUCCUGACAACCUUUGUCUGACACAUUAAUAAAUAUCUGACUGUUCUUAAAACAGUGGAGAUGCCUCUAUUUUCCUUGCGUUUUGUGACUGACUUUGCCUAUAUACCUUUCUGGGGUUUUGUUUGUUUUUUAUUUUUAUUUUUAUUUUGCAUACCGAAGGUAUUUGGGGUGGGGUUGUUUUUUGAGAUGUGUAAUUCUUUUAUGGAGUUUUUAAAAAAGAAUUUUCAUAUUGUUUUUCUAACAUGGCUUCAUUAAGCGUUUAAGUAUUUUAAGAAUAUGUAAUAUUUGGACCAGAUGUUGUGAAUAAUAGUAGAGAUAAAGCUAUUUUAUUCUGUAUUUUUAAAACUGUUCCAUACAAAUAAAAGCUCUCCUGGACGCCGU